ACUCCCUACUGCGCAUGCGCGGGCGUCUUCUGACGCUUAUCUGCUUUUUACCAAGCUGAUAUCUCUGUAGUAUAGUCAUCAUGAAGGCUCUUAGAGGAAUGGUGAGCGGAGCCGUGAGCGAAAUAUCAUCCGCCGUUACCGGGAACAAACACUUCGCCGUUCGGGAAAAUGUACUCGCAGUUACCCGUGACUACAUUUCACAGCCGAGAUUAACAUAUAAAACCGUGGCCGGUGUGAAUGGGCCUCUGGUGAUUUUGGAUCAAGUCAAGUUUCCCAGGUAUGCUGAGAUUGUCCACCUGACACUGCCUGAUGGCACCAAGAGGAGUGGACAAGUCCUGGAGGUCACAGGCUCCAAAGCUGUGGUUCAGGUGUUUGAGGGCACAUCUGGUAUUGAUGCCAAAAAAACCACAUGUGAAUUUACGGGGGACAUUUUGCGCACACCCGUAUCUGAGGAUAUGCUGGGUCGCGUCUUCAACGGAUCGGGAAAGCCGAUUGAUCGGGGACCAGCAGUGCUGGCAGAAGAUUACUUAGAUAUUAUGGGUCAGCCAAUUAAUCCUCAGUGUCGUAUUUAUCCUGAGGAAAUGAUCCAGACUGGAAUCUCUGCCAUUGAUGGCAUGAACAGUAUUGCCAGAGGGCAGAAAAUUCCCAUUUUCUCUGCAGCUGGUCUGCCCCAUAAUGAGAUUGCUGCACAGAUCUGUCGUCAGGCAGGAUUGGUGAAGAAGUCCAAAGAUGUGAUGGAUUACAGUGAGGAAAACUUUGCCAUUGUGUUUGCUGCCAUGGGGGUCAACAUGGAGACUGCACGAUUUUUCAAGUCAGAUUUUGAAGAGAAUGGAUCCAUGGACAAUGUGUGCCUCUUUUUAAACCUGGCCAAUGACCCCACGAUUGAGCGCAUCAUCACCCCUCGACUUGCACUCACCUCUGCUGAGUUUUUGGCCUAUCAGUGUGAGAAGCACGUGCUGGUCAUAUUGACUGACAUGAGCUCUUAUGCCGAAGCUUUACGAGAGGUCUCUGCGGCUAGAGAAGAGGUGCCAGGCCGACGUGGUUUCCCAGGGUACAUGUACACCGAUCUGGCCACCAUAUAUGAGAGAGCCGGACGCGUGGAGGGACGAAAUGGCUCCAUCACCCAAAUCCCAAUCCUCACUAUGCCUAACGAUGAUAUCACCCACCCUAUUCCGGAUUUAACAGGCUAUAUCACUGAGGGUCAAAUCUAUGUUGACAGACAACUUCAUAACAGACAGAUCUAUCCACCUAUCAAUGUACUACCAUCUUUGUCUCGAUUGAUGAAGUCAGCCAUCGGCGAGGGGAUGACACGCAAGGAUCACUCUGAUGUGUCUAACCAGCUGGUGAAUAUGGAGAACUUAAAUUCUAAACCAACAAUACCUUUAGUGACCUAAAUCGUUAUACUAGUGUUUUUAAAGCUAAAGUGUGUAAUUUCUUUGCCACUAGCAUUACCAGGUAUUGCAAAAAAUAAAGCCAUUCAUAAGUUUAUUUCCCUUUCUCACUAUUUAGGAGAGGUAUGAAAAAAAUGACAGUGUAUAUCGGAAAAAUUACAUACU